AUGACAAUCACCUCCGUCUCAUCCAUCGUGACCGAACGGCGAUUUCCCACGCCUCCUCCAGGUGGCCAGCCUCGGUCAGAACCGCGAAUCUACCCUGCCCCGGGUUUCCCCUUCAAAGGAUGGCAACCUCCGCAGCCGGAUGGCUACCGACAGAGUGCUGCUACUCCUAGUGAAAGUGCCAUCGUCAUUGACAAUGGUGCCCAUACCAUCAAGGCCGGAUUUUCCUUCGACAAGAACCCCCGACUCUUCGUUCCUCCGAUCGUCGCAAAGUUCAAGGAUCGUAAAUACAACAAGUACUGCUCAUUCGUGGGCUACGAUGCCUACGCCGAUGCCACCACGCGUGGCCAGAUCCGGACCGCGUUUGAGCAGAAUACCAGCAUUCCGACCAACUGGGACAUCAUGGAGGGAAUAUAUGACUACAUCUUCCUGAAGCUGGGGGUCGACAACGAAGGCAGCGUGGCGCGACCUCUGGUCAUCACCGAACCCGUCGCGAAUUUGGGUCAUAGCAGGAGGAUGAUGAACGAGAUUCUCUUCGAAUGCUACGGCGCCCCUAGUGUCACCACGGGCAUCGACAGCCUAUUUUCCUAUCGAUACAACAAAGGCCAGUCCGGUCUGAUUGUAUCCUCGUCGCAUACUUCGACCCAUGUCAUUCCCGUGCUGGACCGAAAACCACAGAUGCAAUCAUGUACGCGCUUAAAUUGGGGAGGCUCGCAAGCCCAGGACUUCCUGCUGAAGCUCCUGCGGCUGAAGUAUCCAAUGUUCCCGGGGAAGAUGACCACGGAGCAGAUGGAGGCGUACAUCAAGCAAUACUGCUACUUAUCGAAAGACUUUGCAUCCGAGAUUUCCACAUACUUGGACUGGUCGGGCCUGGAGGAGGAGCGCGACAUCGUUAUCCAAUAUCCUUACACUGAGCAAGUCGUGGUCGAGAAGUCCGCCGAGGAGCUAGCCAGGAUUGCCGAACGGAAGAAGGAGUCCGGCCGACGUCUCCAGGAACAAGCUGCAAAGAUGCGCCUGGAGAAGCUGAUCAGAAAGGAGCAGGAACUAGAAUACUAUCAACAUUUGCACCAGACCUAUCUCGAAGCCCCUACCAAGAAGGAGCAGCGCCGAAUCUUAGACGACGAAGAGCUCAAGGAUGAAGCCGCCCUUGAGCGGAUCAUCAGAGAGUUAGAUAAGUCGAUCCGGAAGUCCAGGAACAAAGACCUUGGUGCCCCUGAAGAGGAAGAGAAGCUCGAAGAACAGCUGAACAAGUUCCCCUUGCUCGAUGUUCCGGAUGACCAACUGGACGAGGAUGGCAUCAAAGAGAAGCGGCACCAGAGACUGAUGAAGUCCGGUGUGGAGGCCAGAAUCAGAGCCAAAGAAGAGAAAGAGCGUGAGAGGGCACGAGCUGCGGAAGAAGAAAGACGGGAUCUGGAACUGCGCGAAAGUCGGUUUGAAGACUGGCUUGCGGGCCGUCGGCAACAGCGAGAGCAGCUUCUGGCAAAGAUGAAAGAGCAAGCCAGGCAAAAGGCUGAUUCGGGUAACCGCAAAGGCAUUGCCUCCCAGAUGCGAAUGAAGACCUUGGCCAAUCUGGCUGCCGACGGCCCCAAGCGGAAGCGCAGAGGCGGAGGAGACUACGACGAUGAUUUCGGAGCGAAUGAUGAGGACUGGGGCGUGUAUCGGACGGUGGCCACUGAGCCGGCGAGCGAUGACGAGGAGCCGGAAGAAGAUCCACUGACAGCAUUGAAAGCUGUCGAGAGUGAACUUCUCCAGUUCGAUCCCGAAUUCUCCGAGAAGGACACCAUUGAAGCCCAGAAUGACUGGACGAAGAGUGUCCUACAUGCAUUCCUACGCGGUGCCAGGCCUGCGGAUCCGGAGAGCCAACGGGAGGCUAAUCAAAUCCAUCUGAACGUUGAGCGGAUUCGCGUGCCCGAGGUUGUCUUCCAGCCCGGAAUUGCAGGAGUCGAUCAGGCCGGUCUCGUUGAAAUCAUCGAAGGCGUGGUCAUGGGCCGGUUUUCAGAUCCCAAUCAACGAAAAGCACUUCUGAGGGACGUGUUUCUGACGGGCGGAAAUACCAUGUUUUCCACUUUCGAAGAGCGACUCAGAACGGAGCUGACUGCAGCCAUGCCAGACGAUCUCACCAUCAAUGUCCGCAAAGCGAAUGAUCCAAUCCUCGACGCCUGGAAAGGAGCAAGCAGUUGGUGGAACAACCCGGACACUCCCAGCCGUGAAGCAGCGACCGUGACGCGAGCCGAGUAUCUUGAGAAAGGAAGUGAUUAUAUUAAGGAACAUGAACUGGGCAACUUUGUGUCGCCCAUGUACAGUUUUGGAGCAUGA